AUGGCUACAACAACAAAAGUAUUACAACUUAUUGAAAGUGGACAAGAUUGGGAUACAAUCAAACAACAUUUACCUACUACUACUACUACUACUACUACUACUACUAGUCAAUUAGAAUUAAUUGAUGAGAGUAAAAGAUCAAAAGCAAUCAACCAAUAUUGUUCAUUACCUAAUGCAACCUUGUCAACAUUGAAAGAACUGUUGGUAUGGUCACCAGAUUUUGAACCAAGCCCAGAAUUGAUGGAUCAUGUUUCCUUUAUUGGUAAUAUUGAUAUUCUACAAUACUUGCAUACCCGUUAUCCAGAUAUCGUUUGUUCAGUCAAUGCCAUGGAUCUAGCUUGUCAGGCCGGCAAAUUGGAUGUCGUCAAGUUCCUCCAUUUCAACAGACUUGAAGGUUGCACAAAGAGAGCCAUGGAUAGAGCUAUCGAGAAUAAUCAUCAAGAUAUUAUUACCUUUUUAAAAGAGAAUAGAACUGAAGGUGCUAGUAAGAUUAUGACAACAAAGAAGGAAUCACAAACUACUAUUACUACUACUACUACAGAAUCAUCUUCAUCUUCUUCUUUAACUGGAAUUGCAAAUGAAAAGGAGGGUAACUUGGAAGAGUUUAAAAGAUUGUUAAAAGAACAAGAAGAAGAAGGAGGAGAGGUAGAAUUAACAAAAAAGACAACUGAAAAGACUCUAUUGUUGGCUGCUUCCAAAGGUAACAUUGAUAUUGUCAAAUACAUUAUUGAAAACAAACUUGGCAAAGGUGAAGUUAGAGAUACCAAGAUAAUGGAAGAAGCAUUUAGAGGAGAACAUUGGCAAGUCGUAGAAUUGUUACUUGAACAUGGAUGGGAAUUGGGUAUGGAGGAAAUUCAUAUGGCAGUUAUCAAAGGAAACUUGUCAUGGGUCCAAAGAAUCUAUCCAACUUUGAUAGGAAAUAAUGUUCCAUGGAAGACUGUUGAUGAUGCCGCUGCCUAUGGUCAUUUGGAUAUUUUAAAGUUCUUUUAUAGCGAGGGGUUCAGACUUUGUCGUCAAGUCGAUCCACACAAUGGUAUGGCUCUUGCUGCAGAGAAUGGUCACCUUGCCUGUGUCGAAUUUAUUCAUUCUCGUAAUCCAGACGUUGUAACUACCGAUGCCAUGGACUUGGCCGCAAAAAAUGGUCAUCUCUCUAUCGUAUCAUUUUUACAUCGUAACCGUAAAGAAGGAUGCACUCAAAAGGCACUCGAAGCAGCUCUCUCCAAUGGUCAUUUGUCAGUUGCCAAGUACCUCGUAGAAAAUGGUCUUGUCAAACAGUACAAAUCAAUGAAUAAUCGUAUCAUCAAAAAUGGUUGGAUCUCAAUCCUCAAGUUUGUCCACAAACACUUUCCAGAAUCAAUCAAUUUAGAUCGUGUCAAAGAAGAGCAUGAAAGAUCAAACUCUUCAGCUUUUAAUUAUUUACAAUCAGUUGGUGCAUUCAACAAAAAUAAAAAAUAA